UUUCAAAAAUGGCGGCUGUCAAAGUGACAGCGUUGCUAUUGCUUUGUCUGGAUUUAAUAUGCUGUUCAGGAAGGGCACUAGCAUCUAGUAGCAGCCUGAAGUUUGCCGUUCUUGGUGACUGGGGCGGACUCCCUGACUUCCCCUACAGAACCCUUGUUGAAACAGCUGUCGCAUCUCAGUUAGGGAAAGUUACGCAGCAGUUUGGAAGUCAGUUCAAUCUGGCUUUGGGUGACAACUUUUACUUUGAUGGAGUAAAAAAUGUGGAUGACCCGAGAUUUAAGGAAACAUUUGAGUCCGUUUUUACUAGCGAAUCGUUGCAGAAUCCCUGGUAUUUUCUAGCGGGCAAUCAUGACCACAACGGUAACGUCUCGGGAGAAAUCGCCUACUCCGCUGUUUCCCAUAGAUGGAAUUUCCCAAACUUUUAUUACAAUCUGACUUUCCGGAUUCCCGGCACGUCCCUAACGGUGGACAUUGUGAUGAUAGACACAGUGAUAUUGUGUGGUAACACGGACUCAGAUUUCAGUCAGAAGCCACUGAGGGGUCCUAGUGAUGUUGAUGAUGCCGAGAAACAGUGGGACUGGAUCGGAAAAACGCUACAGGCCAGCAAUGCUGACUACCUACUGGUGGCUGGUCACUACCCCGUGUGGUCUGUGGCCGAGCACGGACCCACUCAGUGUUUAGUGGAUCGCCUGAUGCCUUUACUGAUGCAGAACCACGCAACAGCCUACCUGUGCGGCCAUGAUCAUAACCUGCAGCAUUUUGAGUACGGCUUGACGGGCUACAACAUCGACUACUUCGUUGUGGGUGCUGCGAACUUCAUAGACGGUAGCCUGGCACACGAAAGCAGCGUUCCGACGGGAUCCUUGAAAUAUCAUUGGGCCAACAAGCUGGGAAUGGGCGGCUUUGGAUUGGUCGAGGCCUCGGCAUAUAACAUGACUUUCACCUUUGUAGAGGCAACCGGGAAAGUCUUGUACACGAGAGUGAUGCCCCUCAGGAAGAUGAAAGGGAACCCUGUAUAGGUGUGCUUGAUACAUUGCCAAGUAAUGAAAAUUUAACUCAAGCAAGGCUGAGACACGACUGAAGAUAUCGCUCAGGAUGGAUCCAAGUUGUACUGCCAUGCGGUCAAUUGAUGUCACAACUGUUAACAACUCGAACUCGUCCUUGUAUUUGGUAUGCAGUGAUUCCCUAAGUCAACCGAAGUGUAGAUAUGCCAAAUACCUGCAUCGGGAACCCCAAAUUUAAACGUAACCCAGCCGUUUAAAGUUUUGCAUCGAACUAGGCGAAGAACUCGCCUGUCGAAUUCUGAAUUCCAACUUCCGCCAUGGACAUGUUACUGGUCGAAAGAUAAACUGUUGAAAACGAAAUUCAUUGCCUGGAGGAGCCUUAUAUUUGAUGGUAAUGGAACAAGCAAAAACUAAUAAUGAAAGUCCCUUUGAGGAAGUUUUCAAACAGUACCUUGCAGGGACUUGGCUCUGACUUAUCUAACACUUUGGAUGACUUCUGUGUAUUCAGUGUAUAUGCAAAGGUAAGGACGGUUUGAAGUAGUUGUGGUUGGUGAAAUUGUGCGUAUACAGGUAGGUUGGGCCAAUGCAGAGCGCUACAUUACAUAUAGUAGUUUCUCAGCUAGCUUGUUCUAUGAAAAUUGAGAAAUAUUAAGUGCCGAAGAGGGUAAAUUUUUAAUCAACCUAUUCUGUCAAGCAAUUCCUUGUAUAAAUCUUCGCAUAUUGUGAAAUGGUCCGAGUGACCACGUAUAUUGGUGCAAAAAGUUUACUAAGUUCAGGUGCUCUUUUAGAUUUUAUAUCCUGCACACUUAGAACAUUGCAUGGAACAUGAUUUUUCACCUGAUAUUUCACAGUGCCAAUUUUUGAUGUUGAACAAUUAUAGCUGUGGUUUUAGCCAAUGGAUAUUAUCUGUGAUAUCUUUCUUUAUUGGGUUUAUCAUAUGAAUGACAUUGAAAUUUGUAAUUUUUAAAUUAAUUAAAUUUUAAAUUAAUUAAUUUUUAAAUUUUAAAUUAAUUAAAUUUUAAAUUUUUAAAUGGGGUACAAACAAUUUUUUGCCCAGUUGUUAUUGCAUGCAAUGUAGAGAUAUCUAUGGUAUGCAACACAUUGAUGUUAGAAGAUAAUUUUGAAACAUGUAAAGGGGCCUUCGUGGCUCAGUUGGUUAGUACACGGUUGGUUAGUUGUACAGUAUAUCAUCAUUUUUUUAAAGAUCAGUUUUGUUGAUCUUUCGAUCUUGAUCUUUGUUGAUUUUAUAUGAGAUCUUUUAUGUUGUAUAUGGAACUUUCUUCCAUCUUUCAAAUCCAUACCCAGUGCUUUGAACAUUUUUUUUAUCUCUGUUAAUUGAGUGAUUUGAUCACGAUCAUGUAAUUCAGUUUGUGGCAUAUAUUUAUAUCUUUUCUGGUAAAAUGUUUACAUCGGUGUAUGCUAUUGUGAUAUUUGAUACAUAUGUUGUUGUUUCACGAUCGCUAAGCAUUCGUGAUAUAAUUGAACGUGUUUUCUCAGAAACUUGCAGCCUGUGUAUGACACAUUCGCCUGGAUGCUUAAAAUUAGUUUAUGUUGGUAGCAAUAUUCUGUUUCCAAUCUGAUAGACUUAAGGUACAGCGCGCUUGACUGUAAUAUAAUAAAUUUUUAUGCAUAGAAUGAGUUGAAAUUCGAAACAUAUUCGAACAAUUCGAACAUACAUUUCAAGCGUUGACUUUUAGGUCAGUAUAAUCUUCAGAUAACGUAAAGAAUAUGAUUGUUAAUCUUGUGAUGCAGUUAUAGUGAACGCUUAAUUCUGUUACGAAUUACGAUUACAGACAGGAUUAACACUGUCCGGGAAAUACUUCCAGACAGCAUUUAGCUGUUCAUGUGUAUGGUGGACGGAAGGGCUUUCCUGGCAUUUCCUUUCCUUUUGAAUUUGACGUCGACGAGACGCCGAUUUCCAGAAAAUAUUGCACGCGAUCCUCAUUGUUAAUUUUGAGUGCUAAAAUAAAAUUAUACCCAAUUUAUUCGCUAACCAUUGUACGUGUGUAUAUGGAGAGGCCUAUAUAGGCCUAUAUAUACAUGGACAGAUGAUUGGCAGUGCAUGCACGCUGGGGGGAUAUUUGGAGGAAUAGCUGAGACAUUUCUUGUCUGAUAGCAGAUUUUCACCAAUGUGAGAAAUACAUAUGAGUUGUAUUUACGGUGUACGCCAAUCAGUGUGCAUUGCAGAGCGUAUUUCCUACUUUUUAAGCAUUUACAUGAACAGAAUAAAACCCUGAGGUAAACAGACAAAAGGCCUGAGUUCAUUGUUUACGUGUGACCAUUUGUCAGCUCUCACACUGUCGUCGCUGCUCUGUGUUUAGCCUUCUCUCCAAGUUGACCGUCUUUAAUUAUAUUAUAUUAUAGAACGUGUAUGGCAGAUGGGUAAUCAUAUAAAGAUGGCAUGGGAUACUUCUAUCUACAUGUAUUUAUGUACAUGUACUUUUGACAAUACUGAAAUCGGUCGUGGAUUUCCCCCGGGCCUCCU